AUGGACCCCGGUGCUGGCCCUGUUAACUUCAACUCCCCCUCCACCUCCUCCGAUUCGGCGCUGGCGCAGCCCGCGCGGUCUCUGGUGCUCCUCGCUGCUGCUGCUACUCCCACGUCGCCUCUACAAAGCCCCGCGCACUCUCUGGCAGCAACUCCUGCCGCCCCCAAUGCCCCGGUUCUUCGCGCCGCUGCCUACGCGGCUGUCGCCUCCAGCGCAAACCCGGUCCUCGCGCUGCCCGCCUCGCUUUUUGCCUCACCCGUGCCCGGCGGAUCCCCCCGCAAACUCCGCCGCACGCGCACUCUCGCAACCACCCCGAUGCUCCUCCCCCUUCGUCGUCGCGUGGUAGUCACGCUCCUCCUCCCGGAAGCCGGGUUGGAGUCGCACCGCAUGGAAAUCCUCGCUAGGAUCAACUUGCAGCUGUGCGGCUUCAUGUUCGACUCGGGUGUCAUCCCCCCCUUCGAGCACACCGUCGGCGAACCCCUCCGCGUGGCCCGCCGCGUGUACGGUCGCCUGCUGUUCUCUUCGUCGUCGCAGGAAGAUGUCGCGGCUUUCCGCAAGCUUUUUCCCCUCAUGCUGAAAAUCUCCAACUCCCGCCCCGUCAUGCUGAAAGUUUAUGUUGACAGGUUCGAAGCCUUCACCGCCGCAAAGGCAGCCAGCGCUCCCACCCUAUCUAUUCGAAAUGUCCCCCUCAAGUUUGAUCCGGAGGAUAUCCGCGCCUCUCUCCUCGGGACCACCGAGGAGGACGGCGCGCAUUGGCUCGCGGACCUAACUGACUUUCACUGUGUCUCUGACCCCUACGAAGAGACCUUUUUCACCCGCCUCGCGGGGCUCCCGGUGGCCACCCCCGAUGAUCCGAACUUCGAACGGAUCCCAUCCGAAAUCCUGCUCGAGACGAACAAGCCCGCUAUGCUGCUUUCCCCCGCGCUCACCCCCCGCUGCCCCUCUCUCCCUAAGAGCCCCCCUUCCCCACUGCCUUGUUGCUUCCCCCCCUGUACGGCCGCCUGGGUCCCUGCCAACCCCACUUCCUAUCUGCCCCUACCCACUCCCCUCGCUCCUCCCAUCCCUUCCCCAGCGCCAGGUGCCUUUCCUCCCCGGGUCUCCCCAGAGGACGGCCCCUCUGCCCACCCCCACGCUGGCAUGGAGAUGCUCCCCUCCCCCUUUCUCUCCCCCCCGUUUCAAACAGCACCCUCCCCUGCUUCCCCCACACCCCGACUCCUCCCCUCCCCUUCCUCUCUCCCGAUCCCCCUCCUCUCGUUUCCCCCUACCCUCAAUCCCGCCUUCCCCACCCCCCCUCUCUCUUUUCAACCCCCACCCUCUCAAGGACCCAACUGCAACCGUCCCCAGCGCUCUGACCGGGCCGCCCGACCCCCAACGAGGCUCCCCCCCUCUGCCAGCAGCCCCCUCCCCCCGGUCUCUCCCACAUUCCUCUCAAGCAAGUCGCUCCACCCCCCUCUGGUCUCUUCUCCCCCCCCGCCUGGGCUCCCGAACACCCCCGCGACUUCCCCCCCUCCCUGCACCCCCCUCCCCCUGCUGCCAUUUAGCCCACAUGGUUCCCCCCCUCUUGGUCUGCGGAGAUAA